UAAUUUUGACAUUUGACAGUUGUCUGUUGGAUAUGUGUUAGAUUUCGGAAUAUUGUUUUCGAUAAUUGCAAAGUUUUAAACAAAAUAAACUACAUGUAAAUAAUAAAACGUUUCGAAAAUGUCACUCAGUCUCUUAUUAGAAAAAUAUGAUGUAUCUACAGACGAAGGCUUACAGAAAGCACUCAAUGAUAUUGAGAAAGAAGAGGCUGAGGUGGAUGAGGCUCUCUCGGGAGUGUUAUCCAGAGCAUGUUCCUUAGAAGGCCGCCUCCGCGCUGCUAGUCAGGCGUAUACGAAGCUCAAUGACGUGAAGACGGAUUCUCAAAUUGCCGCUGAUAUGGUGGAAAAAACAGCCGGUCUUGCGAGAGAUGUCAGUGCCAAAGUGCGACAGCUGGACCUUGCGAGGUCUCGCGUAGCAGAAUGCCAGCGUCGCGUACAUGACUUAAUAGACCUUCAGCUGUGUAGUGCAGGAGUUGAGGCUGCUAUUAAAGCACAUGAUUAUGAAACUGGUGCGGGCCAUGUAUCUCGAUUUCUCAGCAUGGAUCCAGGCUCUGUGGCUGCGGCAAGAGCUCGAGGAGCUCCAGACCCUCGUGAUGCAAUGACUCGUGCAGCAAACACACUGAGAGAACAUCUAGUGCGCAAGUUUGAAGAGGCAGCUCGCAAGGAAGAUGAGCCAAGUAUAGAACGAUUAUUUAAGCUGUUCCCGCAAAUUGGGCGUGCUGAGGAGGGAGUUGAUCUUCUUGCCAAGUAUCUGGCGACACAAGCGGAGGCGGCGAUCAGACGCGCGUGCAUCGUGUCGGACGCGCGGUCGGAGGCGGCGGUGUUCGCGGACGCCGUGACGCGCGUGGUGGAGGCGGGCGGCGCCGCGCUGGAGCGGGCGCGCCGCGCCGCCGCCGCCGCCGCGCCCGGCCUGCUGCAUCGCGCGCUGCUUGCCAUACAGCCUGCUGUAUGUGCGGGCAUCCGCCGUAUAGCGGGCGAGCUAGUAGCAGCGCGGCGCCUGUCGCAGGACCCGGCGCGGGGGCUCAGCUCCGCGCUCAGUGCCGAGCCCGUCUUGGCAGAGCUCGCACUCACACACUCACGCAUCUCAUUAUAUUUCUCCUUCCUCAGGAGAAAGGCUGAGGUGGAUGCAGCUCCUCUUAAGGAAGCUGAAAAGAAAGCAAGCAAAGACGCGGUGGAAAAGAUUAUAGCGGAGUGUGACCUUAUGAGGACUGCACAGGAAAUACUUGGAUAUUACUUGGCAUUGGAGAGAUACUUUUUGGAGGAGAGUGUAAAUAAAGCAUUGAAGCUGGCAACACCACAGGUUGGGGUUACCACAUCUAGUUUGGUGGAUGAUGUGUUCUUCAUAGCCAGGAAGGUUAUUAGACGCGCAGUAUCAGCGGGUAGCGUGGACGGUGCAUGUUGCGUACUGAACGAAGUGAGCGCCCAGCUGGAGCGUGCCGCGGGCGCCCUGCGGCGCUGGCUGCGGGCGCCGCCGCACGAGCCGCUGCCACUGGGCGCUCCCAGGGAAGCACGCGCGGCGCCCGACCCCGACCUCGUGGCCGCGCGCCUGCUGUACCUGGCGCACAUGGCCGAGGCCGAGGCGGGCGCCGACUGGGCCGAGCGCCUGGCCACGGAGGCCUGCGGCGCCGCCGGCGUGCUGGCGCGGACCGCUGCGGAGCGGGAGAAGGUGGCGUCGUGCGCCGCGGGGCUGGGCGGGGCCGCCGCCGCCUUCCGCGCCGCGCAGGACCUCGCCCUGGCCGCGCUCACCGCCGCACUCACUCCCAAGCUGCAGGCCUGGGCGCUGCAUCUGGUCGACACUGCUAACACUGAAGACAUGGAGGACGACGCAGAUGCACUACCACAAGCAUUAGAACAGCUGACGGAGGCGGCGCGCGCGGCCAUCUCCAGCCGCAGCGUGGAGGCCCUGCUGCAGGCCGCGCUGGGCGAGCUGGCGGCGCGGGCCGAGGCCGCCAUGCUGACUGGGCGGUACGACCGCGCGGCGGCGCUGCGCGUGGAGCGGCGCGCGCGGCGGCUGGCGGCGUGGGCGGGCGGCGCGGCGGCGGGCCGCGAGCGGUGCGCGCGCCUCACGCAGGCCGCCGCGCUGCUGGCGCUGGACGCGCCGCAACACGCGCGCGACGCGCUCGGGCCCGCGCCGCGCAUGCCCGCGCCCCGCGCCAAGGACAUACUCGCGCGCAGAAUUGACUUCAAAAUGGAAGACAUCAAGCGUUUGAAGCUAUAGUAUAUACUGUUGAGAUAUACGAAUAUAUGUUAAACAUUAAACUAUUAAUAUAUUAACUGCAUUUAAAAUAAAUAUAUUUACCAUUAUGUUAUAA